AUGCCGAUAUCAUACACCCGCAAUUGCCACUGGCUACGAGCACCAUGCUGUAGUGUUGUUCCAACACCAGCCUCUCUUGCUCUCGGACUUAAGAUCAAUGCUGUCGGAGACAAGCCUAAAGCGCUUCAGCUGCUCUGGGGAAAAACUAGAUCUAUGUAUGGCGAUACAUGCCUCCAAUUAUCUCGCCCCUGGACGUCGUUUUGCACAUGA